CUGUUACGCAUUCUGCCACUCAUAUUUUUAUACAUCUUGGAAUACUGUCAUUUAUCUACAUUUUGAGGGCAUCUGAAGAAAACAACCGUGGUCCCUGCAUCUGGAGUAGCCUAACUUAAAGCAUUGAAAGCAUGCAUGCUUGAUUUACUUUUCUUAGCCUAUCCAGUGGAUUUAUUGGAACGACGUAGGGUAAAAAGCAUCUCAAGGCAUUUCCAAAAAAAUUCCUUUAAAAAUUCACCAUGGAUCUUUUGUUAAAACACCAAAGGUGUGAGCCAUACAGCAUUCAGUCAUUCAUGCAGAGUCUAAUUUGAAUUUAAAAAUGAGAGUCGUAUUGCUUGGAAUUGUGUUUGCCCUUUUCACAAUUAAGAUCCAUACGUUUGAAUGUGAGCCUCCGGACGUCCACAUAAAAGAAGAAGAAACCUGCUACAAUGACUUGCUUGCAUUCAACCUGACAGGAGUUCUGACAGAUUGCCCAGGUUUGUGGGAUGACCUGAACUGUUGGCCACCAUCUCAGAUUGGUCAGACCAUAUCACAACCUUGCCCGGCAUUCCUCAAAACACAGGGGAUUAUCUACAGGAACUGCACCGAGCAGGGAUGGUCCGAGGCCUUCCCUCCGCAUGAGCUUGCUUGUGACAUAUCCAUGAAUGAGUCCUUUACCUUUUUCAGUGAGUCUCCACAGUUCCAUUCCUAUCUGCCUUAUGUGAAGGCCAUGUACACCGCUGGCUAUGCUGUCUCUCUCAUCUGUUUAGUCAUCGCCAUUGCCAUCCUCUGUCUGUUCCCGAAACUGCACUGCACUAGGAACUACAUCCACAUCCAACUCUUUCUCUCCUUCAUCUUCCGGGCAGCCUUCAUCUUCAUCAAAGAUUCCGUGCUCUUCUCCAGUGAAGCCAUCUACCACUGUGACUCCUACUCGUUACCGUGCAAGCUGGUGCUGUUGGUUUCACACUACUGCAUCAUGGCUAACUACAGCUGGCUACUCGUGGAGGGACACUACCUCCACACCCUGGUCAGCGUCUCCUUCUUCUCCGGGAGGAAGUACUUCUGGUGUUAUGUUGUCCUUGGCUGGGGUACACCAGUGGUUAUAGUAGGAAUCUGGGGCUUGGCAAAGUAUUUUUAUGAGAAUGAAGGGUGUUGGGAGACCAGAGACAGUGACUGGAUAUGGUGGAUUCUCAGAGUUCCCGUCCUCCUAUUUAUUGUAGCAAACCUAUUCUUUUUCCUGAACAUCAUAAGAAUACUGGUUGGCAAAUUGAGGAUGUCUGAUGUUCACGGAAAUGAAUUCAAUCAGUACAAGAGACUUGCCAAAUCCACAUUUCUCCUGGUGGCCCUCUUUGGACUAUAUUAUAUUCUCUUUGCAUUCCUACCACACAAAGUAGACGGUUUAAUUUACAUAAUAUGGAACUUCACAGAACUGGCGCUUGCCUCAACACAGGGCUUUGUAGUGGCAGUACUCUACUGUUUCCUGAAUGGAGAGGUACAGUACGAGAUUCAGAGGAAGUGGCGCCGGUGGAGACUGAAGCAGAAGUUUAACGGCACUCCUGGCCUGCACCACGGCUCCAUAAGCCAGAGCGGGUGUCCCCUCACACAAGUGUCCCUGCUGCCCAGGAGCCCAGCCAGCCAGCAGCUCAGCCUGGUGUGACCCCCCCCCCCCCCAUACCCCCCGCCCCUGGUGGGGUGAACCCCUGCCCAGAAAAGACCAACAAGGUCGGCUUUUCUGCCCUCGCACCUUUCUCUACUCACUUUCCCUCGAUCUCAAUGAGAUCUUCGUGGGAAGGGAUAUGAGGAUGAAUUCAUGAGGAUUUAGGAAAAAACAACUGCUGUUUUAAGAGAAUCCAGCUGUACAGUACAUAUAAGCAAGUCUUAUUGACUUAUUCCACCUGUUGACCGGUUUUUGUUACCUGAUACAAGGAAUUGUCGGCUGUCACGAUCACCUUUCCUUUCUUAAAGGAUGCUUCAGCGUACCCUAUACAAAAGGAGAUGUGAAUGGAAGCACUAAUGCACCUACAAACAUUUAGGGAAUUUUUAAGAUUACUUACUGUACUGAGGAACUAUGUAGCUAAAAACAUGCAUAGUUCACCUUUAAUAUUCCAAUAUCAUAUAGGCAAAACCUAUAACAGUCUGUUACUGGUCACUACCAAACUCUUGGUUGAUUCCAAAGUACUUUUUCCACAUAGAAUUGACAGGACAUUUUUACACAUAUGAGAUAAUUUGCAUAUUUUAAUACAAUUUAUCUGUGGAGAUGAUUUUUCAUUCUCCCUGAUCUGUUCUUAAGUCUGAGGCAAAUGGUUCCUGGCAUUGUCAUCCUGGAAUUUGAAACAACAUGAAACAUCCUGAAAUAAUCCAGACCGCAAAUGUUAUCCAUGGCAUUCCAAGCUAUCCAUGACAAUCCAUCAAAAUGAUUAUUUUGUUCCCUAUGCAUGCCAUUAUUCAAAGGUACCAUCUGUCAUUCUAAGCAAUUUCUAACCUGUGACACUUUUUGUCAUAUUCCUAAACUGUAAAAAAAAGAAAAGAAAAGAAAAAAAAGAAACACUACAUUAUUUGGUUUAUAAUUAUACAGUCCCUUUUCACAAAAAGCUAGGAUGUUGUCUCAAAUGAUCUCCAAAGCUCAUAAGCAAAGAUGCAGAGCUAUUCACUUUGUGAAAAAUUGUGGGCAAAAAUGGAACAAUUUAGUAAUAUACUGUAGCUCUGUAAAUUAAUGUAUGUAAGGGACAGGGCUGAAAAAAACAACAUUGGAUUAAAGAUGGGCCAAUUAAAUAUUGAAGUUGGUCACUUUUUUGGUGAAGUAUACUGUAUACUUUCUAGGAUGUUGAAAAGUAACAAAAAUCAUAAUGGACUGAUUGAAACAACGUUCUGGGAUUUCAUAAACAAACAUUCACAAUUCACAAAUCCAUCUUUGUGUGCAUAUUAGUUGAUAAAAUGGCAUGCAUAUUAACUUUCACAAAACAAUGCACAGAAUACAUAUUUAGACUAAUUUGGUGAAAUAUUCUCUUUGCUAUGAUGAGAACUCAUUCAGUGUAAAUAAACCUCCACUUAAUUUGUGAUAUAAUUCUAUAUAUUUGCUGAUUCAUACCAAUAUGCAAAUUGUUUCGGUAACUAUUCGACUUCUAAAAAUGUCCCAAGCAGAAACGCAUUCCAUGCAAAAAAAAAAAGCACUAUGCCAUAAGCAUCAACUGAGGAAAGUUGGUAGUGACCAUUAUCGGAGUUUUCUGGGGAUUGCACUGCAGAUUCUAAGCCAAAAAUACAAACCGAAUGCAACCAGUGACUUUCCAACCACUUACUUGACAUUCAGAACUUCACAACUUGACAUUCACUUGGGUGCAAUAACCACGGAGAUCAACACCACUGCCACCUACAGGACUACGUCCAAUCACCUAAGAGAAUAUUGCUGAUCAGAGUAUGAGACACCAUGGCUAAGGCCUUAUGACAGUCAUUUCCAAUGUCAUCACUUAGGCAACCCUUUGGUAUAAUGGUCACUGGUGUGAGUAUGUGCCACCGGACACAACUUGACACGAACACACAAAAAAAAAAGACGCCAUGAAGCAGCAAAUACUACAGUGGCAUUUCUUCAAGCAAGUGGUUGCAUACAAACUUGAAUUGCAACUUUGGAGUGUUCAUGGAAUCUAGUUUGUCAGGACCUUUGUGAAUUAAGAAACUAAACUGCAAAAUGGCCGGAGUCUUCCAGGUCAAACCGAUUGAUUAAAAACAAAAUAAUAGACACUAUCUUUGGAUUGA